GCCAAGUCACUGAAUGAACUUUGAACAGUAGUUUUGAAUGCUUUGAAUCACGUUUUAUUAGUUCAAUAGUUGGGAUAAAGUCUUUCAUAAAAUGUGGAAAGCAAGAAUUUGGACCUUAAAGACUGGUCUAAGCAGAGCGAUUCAAAGUUUAAGAUGCCGAGUUUUUUCAUCUACAACGGAACAGUUCCCAAAGAUUACUACACACUAUACUGUAGUUCCUCGAGAGAAAGAUUCAAGAUGGAAAGAUGUAGAUAUGGAGAGAUUUGGAGACGAAGCUGAUGUUGUUAUUGUUGGUGGUGGACCUGCAGGACUGUCUGCUGCCAUUAGAAUCAAGCAGUUGGCUAAUGAAAAUGGAAAAGAUAUAAGAGUGUGUUUAGUAGAAAAAGCAUCAGAAAUAGGUGGUCAUACAUUAUCUGGAGCUUGUCUGGAGCCUCACGCACUUAAUGAACUAAUACCUGACUGGAAAGAGAAGGGGGCUCCACUUCAUACCCCUGUGACAGGGGACAAAUUUUUGAUUUUAACAGAAAAAGGAAGCAUUCCAAUACCUAUUUUUAAAGGUCUUCCUAUGUACAAUCAUGGGAAUUACAUUGUAAGGCUGGGUAACUUUGUUCGAUGGCUUGGAGAACAGGCUGAAGAGCUCGGAGUAGAAAUAUACCCUGGAUAUGCUGCAAGUGAAGUUUUAUACCAUGAAGAUGGAAGCGUUAAAGGUAUUGCUACCAAUGAUGUUGGUAUUCAUAAAGAUGGUUCUCCAAAGGACACAUUUGAAAGGGGAAUGGAACUACAUGCCAAGGUGACUCUAUUUGCCGAGGGAUGUCAUGGGCAUUUGGCUAAAGGACUGUACAAGAAAUUCAACUUGAGAGAAAACUGUGAUCCUCAGACAUAUGCUAUUGGAAUAAAAGAGUUGUGGGAAAUCAGCCCUGAGAAGCACCAGCCUGGUUUGGUUGAACACACUGUUGGUUGGCCAUUGGAUCGUAAGACAUAUGGAGGUUCAUUUAUUUAUCACCUUGACAGAGAAAAGGAGGGUGCUCCUCUUGUUUCAGUUGGUUUUGUUUUGGGGCUGGAUUACAGUAAUCCUUACUUGAGUCCAUUCAAAGAGUUCCAGCGCUACAAGACUCAUCCAGCAGUAAGGCCAACAUUUGAAGGAGGUAACAGAAUAGCAUAUGGAGCCAGAGCACUGAAUGAGGGAGGCUUCCAGUGUAUUCCGAAGCUAGCAUUUCCUGGUGGUGCUUUGAUUGGAUGCAGUCCAGGAUUCAUGAAUGUACCAAAGAUCAAAGGAACACAUAAUGCAAUGAAAAGUGCAAUGGUGGCAGCUGAAAGUGUGUAUGAGACUCUGACUGAUGAGAACCGCAAAUCAGACACACAAGGUCUUUACUUGGAGUCGUAUGAGCCAAACUUGAAAAACAGUUGGGUUUGGAAAGAACUGAAGAGCGUACGAAACAUCCGCCCAUCAUUCCACACACCACUUGGUCUGUAUGGGACGUUAGCCUAUUCCGCAGUCUUUUAUGUCCUGUUGAGAGGUAAAGAACCAUGGACAUUCCGUACCCCUAAACCAGACGCAUCCUGCCUGACCCCAGCUAAAGAUAACAAACCAAUAGAAUACCCCAAACCAGACGGCGUAGUCUCCUUUGACCUCUUGUCAUCAGUGGCUCUUAGCGGUACAAAUCAUGACGGGGAUCAACCCCCUCACCUUACCCUUAAGGAUGACACUGUACCUGUUAAACAAAACCUUGCCAUCUAUGACGGACCUGAGCAGAGGUUCUGUCCUGCAGGGGUGUAUGAGUAUGUUCCCCUGGAGAGCGGCGAGGGGAUGAGACUACAGAUAAAUGCACAAAAUUGUGUGCACUGCAAGACUUGUGAUAUCAAGGAUCCUAGCCAGAACAUCAACUGGGUCGUUCCUGAGGGGGGAGGGGGACCGGCCUAUAAUGGCAUGUGAUGCUUGAAUUUUAAUUUAUGAAUCGGUGUUAAUAGUGAUAUCUGAUGUCACCUUUAUGGAUUGUAGCCCUUUUAUUCGUUAAGUCUUUUUUCUCGUAAUUAAAUCGUAUCUCAGGAUAUAGCUAUGUAGUCUCCUACGGAGCCGCUAUAGUUUUGUCACGCAACGUAGGGGAGUGAACUAUUAGUGACGACACUAAUAGCCCCUGCGUAGGAGACGAACAGCUAUAAUAAUAUAAAAGAAAGAGGUCAUUCGAGAACGUUUUAGACUUUUAAGGCUUCCUUGGCUAAAUUUGGAUACACUCUUUAAUGUGCUUAAUUGCAAGUCUGACACAGGAAACCCAACUUAAGGUAAAAGUAUUUAAAAAACAGGAAAAAAGAAAAGACAAAACUUGAAUUAGACAGAGAUAGUCUGCCCAAUUGCUGCAAGUGAAAAUCACUUCGAAAUAUCUUCAUUUAUUUUUUGUUGGAUUGUAGCAUUUAUCUCGACCGAUAGGAUGCAUAUUGCUUUGUGUUUUCUAGAAACGAGAAAAAAGCUUUAACCAAAAUAUCACCCCUACGAAUAUGACCCGAGUUCUUUGUCAUGUUAUAAUAAUAAUAUCAAUCUUUUGCUUGCAAUCAUAAUUAUUGUAAUUAUUGUACAUCCUUUACAAAAAUGUAAUUCUAACUUGUCGUUCAUCAGUUCUUAAAGAAAAUUAUGUGAAUAUUUAAGGUUUUUAUUUUGAAAGUAUUAUAUACACUGGAGUAUAAGAUAAAUUUUAACUAAUAAAAUUAUUAAAGUA